UUCUUUGGUGGAUGUGGGAGGAAUCACUCGGUGGUUGGGCUUGCGGGUUACUGUUCAGACAUACCCCGCUUUCGCCCCUCCAUGGCGGAGAGGUUCUGGGUUCACAUCUUUGUUCUGUCUCUUCCUAUCGCUAUCCCGCGGGGAACCAGCUUGACUCAAUUGUGAGAUGAAGUCUUUGACUAACUCGACACUUGCCUCGACAGGACGAAGCCCCCGAGUCCCCCGAUGUCCACUUCGAGCCCGUCAUCCGCCUGACGGAGAAGGUCGAGACCAAGACCAACGAGGAGCUGGAGGAGCAGACUUUCAAGAUGCGUGCCAAGCUGUUCCGCUUCGACCGUGAGAGCAAGGAGUGGAAGGAGCGUGGUACUGGUGACGUGAGACUGCUCAAGCACAAGGAGAACCAGAAGACCCGCCUUGUGAUGCGCCGCGACAAGACCCUCAAGGUCUGCGCUAACCACUACAUUGUUCCCGACAUGACGCUCAGCGCCAACGUUGGCAGUGACCGCAGCUGGGUCUGGAGCGCUGCCGCCGAUGUCAGUGAGGGCGAGCCUGAGGCUUGCACCCUGGCCAUCCGCUUCGCCAACAGCGAGAACGCCAACCUGUUCAAGGAGGCUUUCGAGACGGCACAGAAGGAGAACGAGAAGCUCCUCAACCAGCAGUAAAUGCGGGGAAUUCCGGCAGCUUCGAAUUUUCCCUCCCAGCGGCAAAGUGAUAUAGAGGGCUAUCUUUAAUGCACAUUUCGAUCGCUCCUUUGCACUACGAAUUUGAUGUGGACUUCUUUUUCGUCAUUUAUUUACCUCUCUCUCAUCCCCCGCACAUGCGGAUUCACUUUCCAAUAAUCCCCAUCGACUCUUAUUUCUACCUCGUACCUUCUUCCCCUUUCCCUUGACACGAUUUGUAUUCCUCCGUCCGUGAGGAGUCAGAAUGAUGAGGCCGGCUCUGCUGAGAUUCGGAGUCGAUGCAUGUACAGACAGAUUCGACGUGGUUUGACCAUGUGGUUGGAUGUAUGUCCUCUGGCGAGUCGGCAGUAGAUAGACACCAUUUCCCCCAAAAUACACGUAUGACAUUAUGAAGUAGAAAUACUUGUUUUGGUGUACGAUGACUUUGGCGUGG